AUGACUCCUGAUACAAUAACAUAUAGUUCUUUUAUUGAUGGACUUUGCAAAUCUGGGAGAAUGUCCGAUGUUUGGGAUCUUAUAGAUGAGAUGCAUGAUAGAGGCCAACCUGCUGAUGUGAUCAUCUACACUUCCUUAAUGGAUGCUUUAUGCAAAAACCAUAAUCUCGACGAGGCAAUUGUGUUAUUUAGGAAAAUUAAGGAUCUGGGUUUUCAAGCAAAUGUAUACAUGUACACGGUAUUAAUUGCUGGACUGUGCAGCUGUGGAAGACUUAAGGAUGCACAAGAGGUUUUUAAGAUACUUCUAACUAAUGACUAUCAUGUAAAUGUUUGCAUUAAAGGGCUUUGUAAAGAGGGCUUGUUUGAUGAAACAUUGGCAUUGCUUUCAAAAAUGGAAGACAAUGGUUGCAUUCCUAAUGUCAUAACUUAUGAAAUAGUUAUUCAAGCUGUGUUAAGAAAAGGCAAGAAAAAUAUGGCAGUGAGACUUCUUUGUGAAAUGAGUGCUAGAGGUCUACUAUAA